AUGGAAAGACAACAACAGGAGCGUAGGGAAAGCAAAAACAAGUGGACAGACAACAACAGGAAGCAAGGAGAAACCAAAAAGGACAGGCAACAACAGGAACGUAGGAAAACCAAAAAUGGAAAGACAACAACAGGAGCGACAGACAGCAACAGGAACCAAGAAGAAACCAAAAAUGGAAAGACAACGACAGGGACUAAGGAAAAAAUAAAAAUAAAAAGACAACAACAGGAACCAAGAAAAAACCAAAAAGAACAGGCAACAACAGAUACAGAGAAAAAAAACACAAGAAGACAGACAACAACAGAAACUAAGGAGAAACCGCAACAAAAGGACAGACAACAACAGGAACUAAGGAAAAACCACAACAAAAGGACAGACAACAACAGGAAUGUAGAAGAAAUCAAGAAUGGAAAUAUAACAACAGGAACCAAGUAG